AUGCCCCCACCCCAACAUUUUUUCCUCGUUGAGGGGGUGCAUCUUGCUACUUCACCAUUACUCGAACCCGAGUCGAUCGAAGUCCGUUGGCUGUGUCGAAUGGCAUUCCCUCAUGAGGAGCGACAGCCUGGCCAUGGAUCUUUCACCGCGGAAUUCUGGGACCAAAGCACGAGCGUCCAUAGGAGGACUCUAGCCUCGAAGAGUCAGUUUGAUCUCGUCCCUAGCCCAAUUGAUACUGACGAUGUCAUCAGUACGACUCGAACGAAUACCACAAGCGAAGGUGUAUUGGACUCAUACAUUGCCCACGAGCCGCCAGCCAAACGACUUAGACUCGAAUCUGAUGAACCCAAGCACGGCAAUCCCUCAGACCAAAGUCUGGUCAUCGAUAUCAAUCAGCUUGAAAACGCAAUCCAGAUCGAAUUAGUAGAAGCUGUUCUAAGAUCGUCCCAGGAUAUCGGCGGAGCGGAAGUGGAUGAGGAGCAGACCACUGUCCUGUUAGAAGAACGCUUGGGUGCGGAAACAUCAUUUCAAGAGAAUACCACUGAGCUCUUGGCUUACAUGGGAAUCUCCACCUCUACCACCGUGUCAUCGUGGGGCGAUAUUCUUUUGGACCUUUGCGAGACAGGGGACUACAUGCUCCCCCUCAAGAAUUUCAUCGGAGAUUGCAAGACUCAAAUGCUCUACCGAGAAGAAUCUGCGGAACCGAUCGAUGAUUACCUCAACCGCUACGGCAGGGAAAGUUGGUCGACCCACGACGUACGGAUUGACCAUGAAUGGGACGCUUAUGCCUCCGAGAUUCACGGUCUAGCUGAAGGUGCCAUCACUGUCGGUUCAUUGUCAAAGCCGUCUGGGCCAUUGAAAGCGGUACUCACAUGCAACUGGCACUACCCAACAUGGAGCAGCAAGUCGCCUUUAUGGGGACAUGUUAUGGACCCAACUAAUCCGUCCCUCCGUGCACAAAAGGAGAAGUUUGGCUUGAGUCCUCUUGUCAGAUCUCAGAAUCGACUGCCCAUUCGGGAACAUUACCAGGCCGGCGGCAUCGACUGGGAGAGCAAUUACCCUAACUGGAAGCGAAUCGAGGAAAAGUCCCUUCUCAACCGGUCGCUCAAUCGAUACUCAAAACUCGUUAUGGUCAUUGGAACAGAGAACGCCCAUUCCUUAGACACUAUCAUCAACCUUGAUAGUACAGUGGAGGUUGUUGACGUCAGAUUGAAGAUUCCACUUGUUAGGGUAUUCCAAGCUGUGCCCUAUUUCAAGGUCAUUCGGUCGAAAGCGACAAAGGAAGUUCAGCAAGUUGUCUUUUUCUCCUACCAUACUCAAGCAUUCCAUCACAGAGAUGUCGAAAUGUCAACCCGAGCAUACCACGAUCUACUAUGGAAUGCAAUAAGCGACUUUGCGAUGACCGCGGCACCAACACGUGGAGCGGUAUACUUCCUCCGCCAGAGCGAUAUCAACCGCCGAGUAGCAGGAUCGAAAUACGAAAAUACUCAGUUCCAUCUUGCGGCGAGGCUCCGCGGCAAUGAAAAGAAAUCUGGCGUUACUCUUCCGGAAGGUGUUGUCAGAAGAGCUUUCGCGAAAACGAUCCGAAAGCACCCUGCCAUCAUGCUUGUACCGGAUGAUACAAACAGCUAUGUCAGAUGCUUGCUAAUGCACUUCAUAUCGAGGGCGCAGGAAAGGAUCAACGACCCCGAAUGGAGAAAGGGUCCCGAGUAUCAAAAAAUGUACGAUUCACAUAUUCGCGUAUUGGACGCUCACCGGUCUUCUGGACAUGCAAAAGGUCGCGCAACCAGACAAACAGUGGCCUAUAAGGCGUCAGAUAAAGGUCUUUACUCCACUGCUUCGCUCAAGAGAUCUGCAACUUUGCCCCGAAACCAGCAGCAAAAUAGAGUCGCCGCCUUGCUAAAGGUGAAACAAAUCAAGGCAUUGCGAGACUCCAACCCAGACGACCUCAAUCCUAAGGAACGUGCAAUGCAGGACCGAAUCCGUUGUCUCAAUGUCAUGGACAAUCAGAAACUGAGGGACUUCUUCAGAAAUCAGGUUGUUUGGUGGACUCCGUGGCAACCCAACGGUCUUCGCUAUGGUGGAGAUGGAUGCCAACAGCCAGAUGACUUCCCCUACAUGUUGCAGGAUCAUCCCGCUGUUAAAGUGUCUGGUGUUUUUAAGCCGCAAGAGAAGAAGGCUUUUGUCGUUGAUCCCGCCGCGCCACCAUAGGUUGAACAUUUCAAUCAUGAAUUCGAACCAUUCUGUGUUGAUGCAAGGCGCAUUGAAGGUUGUUAUUUCCUUGCUAUAAAUCGGGGUUGGAGGAGUUACAAAU